AUGAAGUCCGUCACCAUCCUCGCCACCUUUGCUGGUGUUGUCUUCUCCCAGGACAUGCCCAUGCCCAACGGCGACUGCUCCAUGCUGUGCAUCAACAACAUGGCCAGGAUUGCCCAGACCGAAUUCUCCUGCGCAUCCGACGAUCUCGCUUGCUUCUGCACAAAGUCCAACUGGGCUUAUGGCAUCCGCGAUUGCUCUCUCCAGGCCUGCGACACCGAGCAGUCUUCUGCCGCCAUAAGCUGGGCCUAUGCUCGCUGCGCCGGUAUCGCUGCCACCGCCACUGGCACUCCUCCUGCUGUCCCCAUCCUCAGCUCUGCCAUCGCUAGUGUCGGUACUGCUUCUUCGACCAACAGCGGCAGCGCAGGCGCCACUGGUAUUGCCAGCAUCACCUCAUCUCUCGCCAGCGCCGCCUCGAGCUUCACCUCCAGCGUUGCCUCUGCCGUGGCAUCUGACGUUUCUUCAAGGACUGCGUCUGCCUCUUCUGCCAUCAGCUCUCUCGAGUCCUCCCUCAGCGACGUUAUUGCCUCCGCUAGCUCAGCUCUUGAGUCUGCCACCAACAGCAUCAACUCCGAGGUGUCAUCCGCUACAGGUGCCGUCGGUAGCGCCGCCUCAUCUGCUGCCUCCGCCGCCUCCUCUGCUGUUGAGGGUGCCGGUGCCCAGGCCACCGCCAUGCCCUUCAUGGCCGGUGCCGGUGUUGUCGCCUGGCUUCUUCUCUAA